CUCGGCUGUCGCAGUGCACGGCAGUGAUGACGCGCCGCUGAUGUCAUAGCGCCAGUGUCGCGUUCAGGGAAGAAGCGAACUUGCAUCGACGGAUAUCACGUCGCUGCGGUGCUUGAACUUCACACCAGUUAUGGACACCUGUCUUUUCAACUAAUCCACUGGUCCUCUCCAUGUCCCGAGGGCCAUGAGCCCACCUAUCUUCAGUCUACAGUAUGAGCCUCCGAACCAUAGGGGGCGCUGUACUCAGCUCCCUGGGGCCUAGUCUGGCCGCUCAGGCUGGGGGAACCUGCAGCUCCUUCUCUUUAAGACCCAUACCCUCCUUGUUUCAAACCAUGGUACCUUCCGGCUACACUGCCCUACAGGAGGAACGGUUGGCCAUGGUGGACCUCGGCACACCCAAACCAGAGUCCCUCAAGAAUGGCUUCCACCGUGAGUCCCGACGUCACUCGGACCGGAGCACCCGAACGUCCAUCAGCCUUUCUGAGGCGGGAGAGGGUCGAUAUGCGGAGACUGAACCCAUGCUGCCCGAUGUCAGGCUUUCAGGAGAAGAAGCGGAGGAAGAAGAGGAGCGCAAUGAGGAAGGGCAGCAGCAGACAGCCAGAAACAUGCCCAAAGAGUCGCCGCUGGCCAUGGCACUGCAGAUACUGGUGCCCUUUCUCCUGGCUGGCUUUGGGACGGUUUCGGCCGGAGUGGUACUGGAUAUAGUACAGCAUUGGGAAGCUUUUAAGAACAUCACAGAGAUCUUCAUCCUGGUUCCUGCCCUCCUUGGUUUGAAAGGAAACCUGGAGAUGACUCUGGCCUCCAGACUUUCCACAGCGGUGAAUGUGGGGAAAAUGGACUCGCCCAUAGAGAAAUGGAAUCUCAUUAUUGGAAACUUGGCAUUGAAACAGGUGCAGGCCACAGUGAUUGGCUUCCUGGCAGCGGUGGCGGCUGUGGUACUGGGCUGGAUUCCUGAAGGAAAGUUCCAGUUCAAUCACGCGGUGCUACUCUGUUCCAGCAGUGUCGCUACAGCCUUCAUAGCAUCUCUGCUGCAGGGUAUAAUAAUGGUGGGUGUGAUCGUGGGCUCUAAGAAGACGGGCAUCAACCCUGAUAAUGUAGCCACGCCCAUUGCUGCCAGCUUUGGUGACCUCAUCACGCUGGCCAUCCUGGCCUGGAUCAGCCAGGGCCUCUACAACUGUCUGGACUCUCACCCAUACGUGUCGUCUCUGGUUUGUGCCUUCUUCAUGUCUCUGACCCCGCUGUGGAUGGUCAUCUCCUCCAAACACCCAGCCAGCCGUCAGCUGCUGUACUCGGGCUGGGAGCCUGUUAUCACGGCCAUGUUCAUCAGCAGUAUUGGAGGACUUAUCCUGGACAAAACUGUGUCUGAUCCCAACCUGGCGGGAAUCGUGGUGUACACACCUGUAAUCAAUGGUAUCGGGGGAAACCUGGUGGCCAUUCAGUCCAGCCGUAUCUCCACCCAUCUGCACUUUCACAGCGCUCCCGGAGAGGUGCCCGACGAGGCCAAAGGCUGUUACUAUCCCUGUCGUACCUUCUGUGGCACAGGGGCUAAUCACCGGUCAGCACAGGUACUGCUGUUAUUGGUCCUUCCCGGUCACCUGAUCUUCCUGUACACCAUUGAUCUGAUGGAGAGAGGUCACACCACACUGACGCCCGUCUUCAUGCUUGUAUAUUUGGCUGCUGCUCUUUUCCAGGUGUUCUUGCUGCUUUGCAUAGCAGACUGGAUGGUUCAUUCCAUGUGGAAAAGCGGGAAAGACCCGGACAGUUUUUCCAUUCCGUACCUGACGGCGCUGGGCGACCUUUUGGGUACCGCCCUCCUGGCGCUCAGCUUCCACUUCCUCUGGGUCAUCGGGGACCGGGACAGUGACGUUGGGGACUGAGGUCCAAAAUUGAAGCGUUCCAUGCCUGCUGUACCAAACUCACCUAAUGCCUUGUAUGGCUGCUGUCGGACCAAAUCUGAUGCUUUUCUGCCCAAAACGUGGGCCACUUCCUUACGUCUUGAACUGGAACCUUUAGCGGGCAACAAGGCAACAGCGUUUUAUGACUCUUCUUAAAGUGACAGAUGAUUUAUAAACUGCAUUGAGAGAUUCAGCACUUGCCGGAUGCAGUAAAAGAUGGAGUACAUAAGACGAGACAGAAAAAAAGCAUUGCAUCUUCAGCCCUGUCAAGUUUAUUAUAUCAGAACGAAGAUAAGCCCUUCAAAUAAACAUAUGUAAGAUUAGAAAUGUUCUUUAUUUAUUUUCCUUUUGUUUUUUGUUGUGUCUCUUAACUUCUUGAUUUUGCCCAGUAAUGCUCUGUUGUGCGCAGCUUAUACUUCCAGGCCAGGUGGCCCAACUUCCUCCCGUCCGUCCAAUCAGAUUCUUCUGCUAACAGUAUAACUGCACGUUUACUUAACCAGUGCCAGAUCAUUUCAUAUUAGCCUCUGAAACACAGUCUGGUGAUAUUUUGCUCAAAUAUAUAAAAAACAGGACAAAAAUCAUAUAUUUGACACUUAUUCAGGGAGGAAGAAUGAUCUGAACUGAACAAAACGGAACUUUCUUUUUGUGUCACCAGCUAUUUGUGUGUCGGUCACUGGCUACAUCCAUUUACCUGAAAAGGAAGUGGAAUGAAUGAGCCAGAAAAAGCUCUUGAAGUCUGUAUUUCUUGUGUGUUGUGAUCUUCUUGUAUAACGUUAUUCUGAGGUUUCUAUGGGAGAAGAGUUUCUAUACGCACCAAUCUUGUUUUUCUUUCUACCAUGCCUUUUUGAUACUCGAAAUGUUUAAUAAAGGUUCAUAAACGUAUGCAUAAUAUCUGUCAAUAGUCUGAUAUGAAUUCUUUUCCCAAACCAGAUACCCCAGUAUCCCGUGGGCACGCGUUCUAAUUGAAUAAUGUCAAGUUACCUGCGCAUAAUGUGUUUCCCUCUUGCGGCAUGAAAAAACCCUCCUUGAAUUCAUUUCAAAACUCUCGCCUUGUGUGUGUGCCCAACUUUACAUGAAUUCAAGCAUUAGGAACUUUCAUUGUUUGCAUGCUGUGUGGGAUCGAGAGCCAUUAAAACGCAAACCAUGAAACAAAGCGUGUUUUAUUAGAUGACAAAGAGCGCUGCCAAAAUUAUAGAUCAAGCACCACAAAGCGUUCUCUGAAACGUUUACAGUGUCUGUCAGCACUUUUGUAAAACUAGGCUUUAAAAUACAGUAGCCAAGCCCAGGAACGUUUCAUUUUUUGAUAUUCACAUUUUCUUUUUCUUCACAUCCGCAUGUUUUUGAGUGAUUUACAUUUUUAUUGCACAUGUGGUCUAUUGGGAACCGUUACAUGUGACAUGACUGUAAACACUUCAGAACGAGCAAGUUUUGUGUUGAGGCUGAUCUUUCUUGACGUCACUUAUUACCUGUACGCUUUUGUUGUGUCCAGAAUGUUCUUGUCGAAGGUGUAAAACAAAAGAGCCCUGUGUGUGUGUUUGAGUCUAGACAGACCGUGUUAAUGUGGGCUGUCUUCAGGGUUUAAUGGGGGUUAUUUGAGCAGGGGACCCUGAAACUUCAGCCUGCUCAUAAACGGCCCCCAAAUCGUUCCAGAGGGACGGAGGUUUAGUGUAUUAGCACCCCAUUACUUCAAACCCCCGGCACAACAUGUCCAAGUUUCAAAACCUGUAUAUGACUCUUUCUCCUGUGGAACACAAAAAAAGAUGUUUUGAAAAAUGUGGCUUUGUAUCCAUACAAUGGAAGCCAAUGGGGACCGAUGGUGCUUGGUUACCAACAUUUUACCUCAAUAAACUCCUAAUUUGGUGCUUAUUAAUAGUUUGUGUAGUCGUUGUUAGGUUCAUGUAUUGGGUGGAUUAGGGAUGUAGCAUGUGGCCAUGCAGAAUAUGUGCUUUAUAAGUACUAAUAAGCAGCCAAUAUUCUAAU